AUGUUAAAUUUCAGGAUGGCCUUAGAAAAAAAAUUACCUAUUCUGAGGACAGAUUUUAAUAUUUUGGAUAAAGAAUUUGAUUCAAAUCGCGAAAAAUUUGAAAAUGAAAUUAAAAAGAUGGAAGAUGAAAUGAAUCGUUUUAGAAUUCAGAUCGCAUCACGUGAAGAUGAAAUUUUUGGAGGAAAGCACGAUACAAAAGAGAAGGGUGCAACUAGUGGACAACCAAUAGAUGACACAACUGAUGAAAUACAAAGAAUGGAUAAUCGUACAUGGUUGGAUGCUAUGAAUUCUCCAUCCGCUCAUCCUGGCAGACUUCUAAAACUGAAAUUUGAUUUGCAUGAAUAUAAGCUUGAAGAAAUCACAGUCAAAACUGUAUACAAUAAGUUGCAGGUAGGUUUGAUAAGUAUUAUACACUGUAUAUAUAAAUUAUUUAUGAUUCGUACAGAGUUAUGUACACUUUGUUGAUGCACAGAAGAGAGA